UUAAUAAGAAUUUAAUAGAGAGGAACCGACGUGACGUCAUUGCGACUUAAAAUGGUGGACGAGAGGAAAGGAAGACGUUCCGGAAUCGCCGUUGGACGAUAGCCUCUAUGAUGUGAAACUCUUUGCUGAUUAGGAGAAACGUUUCGCAUUGCACAAAGCAGAAGGUAUCCUGUAGCCAAUAGAAGAUUUUGUCCAGUUUCCUCCUGAUUGCACAUGCUAUUUUGUUGGCUAUGUUUUUAAUUUUACUCAGUUGUUAGUGUAGAAUUAUUGCAUCACACUGUUUAUCAAAGUAUAAGUGGGCCAGGAGGACCUCCGACAUGAAGUUCGUCAAACGUUUUCUGGUCUUCGCCGCCGCCGGACUCUGCUGCCUGGCUCUGGUAUACAGGUACUUCCUGGCGGGCGGAACCCUCCCCUCCGGACCCCUCCGCCCCCGGGAGGAGGCCUCGACGGAGGAACGCCGACCCGGCGACCCCCGCCUGAUUCUGCUGUGGACCACUUUCUUCGGCCGGGCCGACUACGUUCCUCCGCUGGACACUCUGGACUGUCCGCGCUCCGACUGUCUGGUCACUUCCAACCGCAGCCGCUUUCGCCAGAGCGACGCCGUGGUCUUCCAUCUGAGGGACACUUCGCCCGACGACCUGCCCCCCGCCCGCCUUUCCCGCCAGAAGUGGAUCUUGCUGCAUCACGAGUCCCCGCCCCACACCCCCAACGUCCUGUCGUCGCUGGACGGACUGAUCGACUGGACCGCCACAUAUAGGGAAGAUUCCGACGUCUACCUCAGUCCCCGUCCGGUGCAGAGGACGGAGGAGUGGGAGGAGGCCGAGGGGGACCGAGCCGCCAACAAGACCAGGAUGGCCGCCUGGUUCGUCAGCAACUGCAACACCCCGGGCCGUCGAGAAGACUUCGUCCGGGAACUGCGCAAGACCCUGUCCGUCGACGUGUACGGAGCCUGCGGACAGAAGAGCUGCCUACCCAAGAUGUCGCGCGAAUGCCUGCGCAAGGCCUCCUCCGAGUACAGGUUCUACCUGUCGUUCGAAAACUCCAUCUGCAAGGAUUACGUCACCGAGAAGUUCUUCGACGUGCUGGAGACGGACAUGGUUCCGGUAGUGCUGGGAGGGGCCGACUACUCCAGGAUCGCCCCGCCCCAUUCCUACGUGGACGCUCUGGCCUUCGAGUCGCCCCGCCGCCUGGGGCGCUUCCUCAUCGGCCUGGCCAAAGACCCUCGGCGCUACAACCGCUACUUCGACUGGAAAAAGAAGUAUCGCAUGGACAAUCGCCACUACGUCUGCCAGAUCUGCCAGAAGCUACACGCGCCCGACGCGCCCUCGACCACCUACGGGGACCUCAACAAGUGGUGGUUCGGGGACGCCAACUGUCGGAGCUGGGCCCCUCCUGAAGAACGCCCGGGCGGAAGCCCGACGCGCGCUUCCUAAUUCGUUACGCGUCCGGAUCAAAGGCACCGGGCCGCGC